AUGAGCACAUCACCCCAAGCCGGCCCCUCGGCCGCCUCACCCAUCCGCAAGAGGCACCACCUCGACCCGCACGAGCAGCAGGCCCGCGCACUCGAAAAGCUCCUCGCACACCCAGAAAGGCAGGUACACAUCCCCGCCCCACCCCGCGAAAAGUCAAUCAGGCCCCCGCGCGAGAUACAGAAGAACGUCGUCGGUUCCAGCGCGGGUGCGGGCAGCGGCGAGUUCCACGUCUACAAGCACGCAAGGAGGAGAGAGUACGAGCGCAUCAAGCUCAUGGAGGACGGCGCCAACAAGAUCAUGCAAGCCGAAGAGUUUGCGCGCCAGCACGCCGCCAAAGUCAUGCAGGACGAGGCAAAGACGGACAAGAACCGCGCAAAACGCGAAAAGAAGAAGCUCGCCGCACUCAAGGCAAGGGCCGCCGCCAAAGGCCAGAACCCGGACAAGGUCAAGCUCCACGACGGACCGGGUCGCGGCGACGGGGCCCGGGCUGGUCGACGCGACUCAAAUGACGGCGACGACGACGACGGCGAGGCAUCCAAGCGCAGGCGGAUCCACAACGAAGAGACGGGCGGAAUCCUCUUCCGCAAGAAGGGCGACGACGACGACGAAGAAGAAGAAGGUGACGGCGAGAGCAGCCGUGGCGAGGAAGGGGAGCCGAGGGACGCCUAA